AAAAAGUUCAGAGUGAGUUUAUUGAGGUUUUGAUCAACUGUGAAAGAAUGCAGUUGGACGUUGGAAAAGACACCAACACCAACGGCGUCAACAGGGGGCCAGAAUGCCGGAGCUUAAGAUCGCCUCUAACCCAGGUAGGGAUAGUGGCACUUGGCUAUCAGCUCACAGAUAUCCGGCAGGCAACUAAGGCUUAGACCCCUGUCUCAACGCCAAUGACGAGACCCAACUGGAGAAAGUUUGGAUCACUUUUUUGCGGCCAAAAAGUCGAGUUUUGCGACAGCAUACCAAAGUAUUUCGGGCCAAUAUCCAAGCGCAGCGCACCUUCGUCUCGCUUUCUACCAUAUAUACGAGGAAAUGAUGCAAUGAACACCUAACCAACGCGAUACCCCAUCAAAUUACUCUUCUCCCACAUCCACAAUGUCAUCCCUCACCAGCAACAACAAGGUGCAACUAGCCGCAACAGCCGUCGUCUCCGCAGCCGUCGCCGCCGGCGCAAUCCUUAGCUACCAACGACUCCAAAAAGACUCACGGCUCAACCGCUUAAAGCAGUCCAUCCCCAACCCGGGCGACGACGAAUCCGGCGUCCAAAAACUCACCCGCGUCGGCCCCCUCCCCAAACCCGACAAAGAAGACGAACACAACUUCCUCCUCGCCCAGCGCGCCCAAGCAGGCGACUUCGAUGACGAGCUUAUCCUCGAGCAGCUCGCCCGCAACCGCGUCUUCCUCUCCGACCAAGGCCUCUCCAAACUCCGCAAUUCCUUCGUGAUCAUCGUCGGCUGCGGCGGCGUCGGCUCCCACGCCUGCGCCGCCCUCUCCCGUUCCGGCGUGAGCAAAAUCCGCCUCAUUGACUUUGACCAAGUCACCCUCUCCUCUCUCAACCGUCACGCCGUCGCCACCCUCGCAGACGUCGGUCUCCCCAAAGUCCAGUGUCUCCAGCGCAGGUUGUGCGCCAUAACACCGUGGACAAAGUUUGAUCUGAGGCUUCAAAAGUUUGAUGGGUCGGUGGCGGGGGAUCUACUCGGGGAUUGGGAAGGCGGGCAGAGGCCGGAUUUUGUGAUUGAUGCAAUUGACAACAUUGAGAGCAAGGUCGAGCUGCUCAAGUACUGUCACGACAAUGGGCUGCCUGUGAUUUCGGCCAUGGGGGCGGGCACGAAGAGCGAUCCCACCAGGGUGAUGGUGGGGGAUAUCGGGGCGAGUUUCGAGGAUGGGCUUUCCAGGGCGACGAGGAGGAAGCUGAAGCUUUUGGGGGUCACGAGCGGGAUUCCGGUGGUGUACUCGACCGAGAAGAUGGGCGAGGGCAAGGCGGCGCUUUUGCCGCUGUCGGAGGAGGAGUUCAAGAAGGGGGAUGUUGGGGAUUUGGGUGCGCUGCCGGAUUUUAGGGUGAGGAUUCUGCCCGUGUUGGGAACUAUGCCGGCGGUUUUUGGAUAUGUGGCUGCGAAUCAUGUCAUUUUGAAGAUCACCGGCUACCCAAUGGACUACCAACCCGCCAAGGCCCGCGACAAGAUGUACGAGGCCAUCCUUGCCUACGUCCAGGCCAGCGAGGAGAAGGUGGUGCGCAUGAUCGAAGGAGGCCGCACCGACGUCUGCGUCGGUCUCAAGGUGCCCAUCACACCCGGAGACAUCGCCUUCUUGGUCGAAGAGGCCUUCAGAGGCAGAAGUGCCGUGACCGGCGUCCCCACAAAGCUCAUGCUCAUCCGGUGGAGGAAGCCCGCCACCACCACCCUCGUCCGCAUCGGCGAGGGCAAAGACGAGCAAAAGUCUUCCAACCUCAGGCUCCGUGACUUGGUCUGCAUGACCAAGGAGGAGGCUGUCAGGCAUCAGAAAGAGGUGCUUUUGGGCGGCAAGUCUCUCGAGGACCUCUACAGCCAAGAGGUCAUCGAGCUCGUGGAGAGGCAGCAAAAGGAGGCCGAGGCCUAUGAACGGCACAGGCCUUGA